CGCAUCGUUUGACAGCUAACGCUAACUAGCUAGUCUCAUUGGUAUUCGACGUCAGUUUCAAAACAAAGCUUGCAAAAGCCCCGUGAAGUUGAGACCCUGCUCCGCUGCAGCCUGCUGCCAUCUUCGGCUGGAGCACUGAGUGUUGGACUGUGACGCCUUUGGAGCUGGUGUCUGAAACCCAGCAGCUAGCGUCGAGCUAGAAUCAAAGCGGAAUCCCUUGUUGUGCUUCGCAUCUCCGGUUUAAAUGUCCGAGAAGAGUUCAUCGUCCGGGUCGGACGAGGAUGUGGACCCGGAAUCUGGGCAGCAAGCGGAGCACGGAGGCGUGUUGAGCAAGUGGACAAAUUACAUCCACGGAUGGCAGGACCGAUGGGUUGUGUUGAAGAACAACACUUUGAGCUACUACAAGUCGGAGGAUGAACGGGAGUACGGCUGCAGGGGGUCCCUGUGCCUCAGCAAGGCUGUCAUCACACCUCAUGAGUUUGACGAGUGUCGUUUUGACAUCAGCGUGAACGACAGCGUUUGGUACCUCAGAGCUGAAGAUCCUGAACACAGACUCCAAUGGAUUGAGUCGAUAGAGCUGCACAAGGCCGAGUCUGGUUAUGGUUCAGAAACCAGUCUGAGGCGUCAUGGUUCCAUGUUGUCUCUCACCUCUGCAGCCAGUGCCUUGUCUGCCACAUCCGCAUCCUCCUUCAAGAAGGGCCACCGGCUGCGUGAGAAACUAUCAGAAAUGGAGACCUUCCGGGACAUUCUGUGCAGACAAGUGGACACCCUGCAGAAAUACUUUGACUCCUGUGCUGAUGUUGUCUCCAAAGAUGAAUUUCACAGAGACAGAGUUGAGGAUGAUGACGAUGAAUUUCCUACCACUACAAGACCUGAUGGUGAAUAUAAUCACAACAACAAUGGCAGCAAAGAAAAACUGUUUGCUCCUGCCAGCCCAAAAGGCAUGAACGGAAUAGACUUUAAGGGGGAGGCCAUUACCUUCAAGGCCACAACAGCAGGCAUCCUGUCCACCCUGUCCCACUGCAUCGAACUCAUGGUCAAACGAGAGGACAGCUGGCAGAAAAGAGUGGACAAGGAGCUGGAGAAGAGGAGGAGGGUAGAAGAUGCUUACAAGUGUGCUAUGCACGAACUGAAGAAGAAGUCUCACUAUGGAGGCCCAGACUAUGAGGAGGGUCCUAACAGUCUUAUCAAUGAAGAUGAGUUCUUUGAUGCGGUGGAAGCUGCACUGGACAGACAAGACAAGAUAGAGGAGCAGUGCCAGUCAGAGAAGGUCAGGAUAUCUCGGCCCUCCUCAGUUACUCCCGGAGACGCCUACUCCACCAUCGGUACACACCGAUAUGCCAACAAGCCCCAUAGCCACUCUUCUUCCCUGUCCUCCGUUGAGCUAAUAAGUGCUUCAGAUGACAUUCACAGAUUCAGCACUCAGGUGGAGGAGAUGGUGCAGAAUCAUAUGACUUACUCUCUUCAGGAUAUGGGUGGAGAUGCCAACUGGCAGUUGGUAAUAGAAGAGGGAGAGAUGAAGGUGUACAGGAGAGAGGUGGAGGAGAACGGUAUCGUCCUGGAUCCUCUAAAAGCUACACAUUCUGUGAAGGGGGUGACAGGACAUGAGGUCUGCCAUUACUUCUGGGAAACAGAUGUCCGAAUGGACUGGGAAACUACCAUUGAAAAUUUCAACGUUGUGGAAACACUCUCUGAUAAUGCUGUCAUAGUUUACCAGACGCACAAGAGAGUGUGGCCUGCCUCUCAGAGAGAUGUGCUCUACCUGUCAGCCAUGAGGAAGAUCAUGGCAACAAACGAAAAUGAUCCAGACACAUGGCUGGUUUGCAACUUCUCUGUGGACCACAACAAUGCCCUUCCCACGAACAGGUGUGUUCGUGCCAAAAUCAAUGUUGCCAUGAUUUGCCAAACACUGGUCAGCCCGCCAGAGGGAGAUAAAGAAAUCAGCAGAGACAACAUCCUUUGUAAGAUCACCUACGUUGCCAAUGUAAACCCAGGGGGCUGGGCUCCAGCCUCGGUUCUCAGAGCUGUGGCCAAGAGAGAAUAUCCCAAGUUCCUCAAACGCUUCACCUCCUACGUCCAAGAGAAAACCGCAGGGAAGCCGAUCCUCUUCUGAACACUACAAGGCCUGUGAAGGGCUGAGGUUUCCCACUGGAGAAACGAUGUUGUCCAGGGAACAGGCUCUGGAUGACCCAAUCACCCGUUUGCAGAUUUCUACCUGCAGGACACCAUAUCAUCCACAGAACACCUGCUUGUAGACGAGACUGGUUUUACAGCUUUAAUCCAUCAGUAGUUCUAAUCCCAGCCACCUUCUAAUGGCGUAACACCAUCUGCUGGUCAUGGGUACAUUUGUAUGUUAAUUCAACAGUUUGCAAAGUGGUUUUUUGAAUUGUUAUUACAGAUUUUUCUUUUGUAAAUUGUUUUGUACAUUUCUUAUGAUUACAUACAUCAUGACUUCUUUGUUUUUUGCUCAAAUCACUAGUAUUACAGCUGCUUGUUUUGCUGUUGCUAAAGUAACCAUGAGGGAGGAGCGUGGAUAUUGACAGGAAAAGAAUUGAUGAGGUGUGGUACAGUGUUUCCUCUUCUCUUGCCUUCUUUUGUCCCUCUAGUGACGACUCUCUCUCUCUUCUGCAGUUUGAUGGAGGGUCUGAGCCUAAAGCUUUGAAAUCUUUAUAUUUAUAGAUUGUUUAUAACGUAGCUUUUCGCUGAGCACCAUGGACACAAUGUAUUGUACAGAGAAAACGGACUUAAGUUUUCAGUUAGUUUACCAAUGUGAGAAAUGUGAAUUGACUGUUAAGCGCUUGAAUUUGAUGACUGUGAUGGUCCAAGGAAGUGGGAGAUGAAGAGCAUUUUCCUAACAAACUCACCUUGAACAAUAUUUUUGCCAUAUUUGAACUGAUCACAAAUAAUUGGGUAACUAGGACUUAGUUGACUGUGGUCUGUAGGUAAUAAGUUGUGGUCGAUUGUGAGUGUGUGUCUGUCUUAAACCGCCUUGUCACACACAGAUAUUUCACCUUUAUUGACAAAAUUGACAGAUAUUUCCGAAUGAGCACCAUAAUGGUUGAUAUAAAAAUCCCAUCUGUCACUGAGGGAUGAGUUGAGACAUUUUCCAAACUUAAAGUUGUUGUUUUUAAACCAAUUUCCAGCCCCCAAAGAAGAAGGGGGAAAAAGUCUGGCCAUUCACAGGUGACGUUUGUAAAUUUAAUCCUGCUACUUCUCUGCAGGUGAAGGUAAAGUUGUAAAAUGCUGAGCAGGAUGUCAUCUACUCCCUACAUUCUCAGUCAUACUCUUAACAAAACAUUUCACAAUCCACACUACAGUGCAGUGGCCUCCCACCCUUUUGACUGAUAAACUACCCCUAAGAAUGCCUUAGACCCCGGGACGCUAAUGCCUGGCGUUCUCUACUGUACAGCCGCCACCAGACGUGCAUUUAUCAACUCUGAAGUGAAGCGGGGGGGGAGGGUCAGCAUUUCACAUCAUCUUACCUCAAGAUUUCUGUUUGCUCUAGAUUUAUGUUUCAUGUCGUAAUCAUAUAUUGGGAGUUUUGCAAUCGGUAGAUCCGCAUGCUUAAAUUGAACUACAGAUUUUUCUUCUAAAGAGGUCAGAGGUCACGAAGGAUCAGGAUCAUUGAUUUGCUGAUGAUUACAAGAGCUAGAUCUACGAGCAACGUCAGCUGAAGAAUGCAUUUAGCAUUUUUAAUUUUGAUAUUUUCUCAGUAAUCUACACUUUAUACUUUGUAUAUUUCUAAGUUGUACAUCAGAAGUGUUAUUAUUUGCACUAAAUGGAAUGCAAUUUGACAAUGUUCUGUAAAUUAAAAUUGUUUCACAAGAGAA